UGCUUUUGCUUUUGCUGGCUGAAUGGUGUCGUCAGUGUGUCUGAGAUUUUCGUUAACUACAUCGAAAUGUUUAUGUUAGUGUUAUUCAUACUAUCGUUUAGAUUUCCGCGCACAAUCAAUGAAGAGAGAUGAAAGAUAUUAACGCGUGUUGUUCAAACUAUGUCGAACAUGUUUUACCGUCGGACAAUUUGAAUUCAAUAAAGUACGACUGAAACUGAAGUGAUCAUGUUAAGGCUAUGAAAUGCAUUACCUAAAUAAAAUAAAAAGUUAAGUGCUACUUUUUAAACAGAUUUUUAGUGUGGAACUAUGCCAAGACCUUCGCGUGAAUCAUAUGGCGAUCAAAAGCCUCCCUAUUCGUAUAUUUCAUUAACAGCAAUGGCAAUUUGGGAUUCACCUGAAAAAAUGUUACCACUCAGUGAUAUUUAUAAAUUUAUUAUUGAUCGUUUUCCUUAUUACCGUAAGAAUACACAGCGUUGGCAAAAUUCAUUGCGUCACAACCUCAGCUUUAAUGAUUGCUUCAUAAAGGUUCCUCGAAGUCCAAACCGCCCCGGUAAAGGUGCGUACUGGACACUUCAUCCACAAGCGCUAGAUAUGUUUCAGAAUGGCAGCUUACUGCGGCGUCGGAAACGUUUUAAGUUACGCAAACAUGAUAAAGAUUAUUUAAAGGAGGAACUAGCCACGUGGACAAACCUUCAUCGUCUUAUUUUUAACAGCAGCAAUGCACAAAACGCAACAGUAUCCUCGGUAAAAUUUCCACUUGCUGGUGACCCCGCACUAUAUUCACCCAAUUUAUCGGCAACAUCUUCAUUGACUGAACAUUUAGAUGUAAUGGCACAUCUAGUUCCGAAUUCAUCAACUUCUGCAUUUUCAUUGGGACCAGGAUAUCCGCAAACCACUAUAGCGACUAGUACUCAUGCAACAUUCCAGACCUUCAUACCACAAACUCGGGUAUUAUCUCCUAUGCUGGACGUAACAACUGUCAUUAGCAAAUACCGACCAAAACGUUCUUUUACUAUUGAAAGUCUAAUAACACCUGAUAAACUAGAUUCAGUAUCUUUAAAAAGUGUAAACAGUGAUAAACCGAUCUGCGUCGAAGUUUUUGACAACAUAGAACAGCAUGCUAUCGAAUCGAACCGCCAAAUGUUACCUCAACUCGAUUCAGUUAUUAACGACGAAAUGAGAUACAAACAACUGCCUCCGUUGCACACUAUCACUUCAACUACGAGUUUGCCAUUUCUUCAUUAUACAACAGGGCCUAAUAACAUCAAUUUGGAACAUUGCAGAAACAUUACUUCGAUCUACGACAUUCCAGUGCAUCCGGUUUUAAUGAUGAAAUCGCCAGUAGAAAGCUUAGAACCUUCGUAUUAUGGGAAUGUAGAUCUAUCAACUAGCCAGCACACAACAGCCCAUACGCAGCAUAGACUAAGUUCCAGCUUACGAACUGUAUGACGUCACUAAUAUAAUUUUGUGUACAUUGGGCUAGGCUGUGACAUGCAAUUUUUCGUCAUGUCACUGUUUAGCUGCAUAGGUCACUAGCACUGAAAUUUAUAGAUGCGAGAUAACUUGCAAUCGGUGUGCUGACCAACAGAACUGAUUUUGUUUGUACACAAAUUACUUAGUAACGUAACCUUUGAGAAAAAAUGCGCGGCAAAAAAUUUCAUAAUUUCAAUAAUUAUUUAGUUCCUAGUGGCUCAUAAUCUACAAAUGUAACAUAUUAACGCUAUGACAGUAAUUUAAAUCUCAUUAUUAAAUUGUCAAUUUUAUGAAACAAACACUCGCAUUGAAAAUUGUUUAGCUGUAUUAGUUAAGAAGAAUCUAGUCCAAUAACAAAGUAGUUAAAGUUGUACAUAGGUGGGUUUUGAUAUUUUAAUGAAGGCAAUAUUGUGCUGUCCUGGAAUUACUUUUUAUUUUUUAAGUGCAUAUGUACUAGAGAUGGGCACGGGCCUAAAUUUUCAGGCCCGGCCCGGCAC